CAUUUUUCGACCUUCCUGCAGCGCCGCACAGAUCUCAAUCCGAACAGCUUCGCCUGAAUUGCUCUUUAUCUAUUGAGUCUUACUGGAGCAACUGCGCUCCAAAAUGCGUCUUUUAGCGCGCGACAGUGGUGGUGAAUUCAGCCUGACGAAGGACCUUGUCGAUCUCCCUGCCUAUGCAAUACUCUCCCAUACUUGGGGAGGUGAUGAUGAAGAGGUUACCUAUAGCGACAUGAUAGAUGGUUCUGGGAAGUUUAAGACUGGACAUCGAAAGAUUCGGUUCUGUGGAGAGCAGGCUGCCCGCGAUGGGCUCCAAUAUUUCUGGGUAGAUACUUGCUGCAUCAAAAAAUCCGACGCGGUUGAGCUUCAAAGAUCUAUCAAUUCCAUGUUUCGAUGGUAUAAGAAUGCGGCAAAGUGUUAUGUUUAUCUCUCGGAUAUUUCGACACCAGAUGAUACCAUCAAGAGUGACUCGACACUCGACUUCGAAUCAGCUUUUCGAACGGCCAAAUGGUUUACUCGGGGCUGGACGCUUCAGGAGCUUCUUGCUCCUUCGUCGGUCGAAUUCUUCUCCGCUGAUUAUAAGCGGCUUGGCGACAAGGUUUCCUUAGAGCGUCUCAUCCACGAGAGAACAAGGAUUCCAGUCAAAGCUCUCCAACAAUAUGAUCCAACACAUUUUAUCUUUGAUGAAUGCGUGUCAUGGGUAGCAGAACGAGAAACCAAAUAUGAAGAAGAUUUGGCCUAUUCGCUAUUAGGAAUUUUCGGUAUCUUUUUGCCCCUUAUUUAUGGCGAAGGGCGAGAGAAUGCGUUUCGGCGGCUUCGAGAGGAGGUUGGCAAAAGUCCGCAAAGUCAUGAGUUCGAUAAGCUUUCGAAAGCUGGCGUCAAGAAUCAGCCAAAGUUCACAGUGCCCUUUGUUCGCGAUCCAAAGUUCGUUGGCCGAGAGGAUGUUAUGCAAGAGAUCACAAACCGACUUGAGAAACAGCAUCGUAUAGCUCUUUGCGGAAUUGGAGGCAUCGGGAAGUCUCAAAUUGCGAUCGAGUACUGCUAUACAUGGCAAUGUCGCCACCCGGACAGCCAUGUCUUCUGGAUACACGCGAGUACUUUCGAUAAAUUUGAGCAAGCUUACAGAGACAUUGCAAAAGAGUUGUCUGUGCCUGGGACUGAAAACCCCCGGAACGAUUCUCUUAUCCUCGUCCGAGAGUGGCUAAGCAAGCCUGAGAAUGGGUCAUGGCUCCUUGUUCUGGAUAAUGCAGAUGAUCUUGACCUCUUCUACGAAUUGGAUCCAUCAGCAACUAAACCGGGCUCUCCGCUUAUUAGCCAUUUCUUGCCUCGAACUGUUAAAGGCUCUAUGAUUAUCACGACUCGAGAUACAAGGGUCGGUCACCGACUAAUAGAUCGUGAAGAAGUAGUGAUAGUUCCACCAUUGGCGCCACUGGAUGCCGAGCAACUUUUACGCUUUAAGAUACCUAGGUGGGAAAGCGUGAAUAUCGAAGGAAACCAGGACCUGGUCGAGCUAUUAGGAUUCAUCCCACUAGCUAUUACCCAAGCUGCUGCAUUCAUUCAGGAAAAUAGCAUUACGGUCAAGACAUAUUUCGACAGGUUAAAAGAGAGCGACCUUGACUUGCAGUAUUACCUAGAAGAGGAUUUACCUGAUCCUCGAAGAUAUCCGGACAGUGAAAAUUCUGUCAUAAGGACAUGGAAACUCUCGUUUGAUCAAAUCGCUCAACAGAGGCCGCGAGCUGCCGAUUUGUUAUCAAUUAUGGUUCUGUUGGAUCGACAAGCAAUUCCAAGAAAACUUCUCAAACAAGUCGAUGAACGGAAUAUAGAGUUUGACAAAGCAAUAGGGACGUUGCAAGCAUACUCAUUAAUCAAGACUGAAAAGGGGGGGGCUAGUUUUGAGGUUCAUCGGCUUGUUCAACUAUCGACGCAGCGAUGGUUGACUUUGCAGAAUCGGGAGACUGAAUGGCAAGAGAAAGCUUUGGAGUUAAUGGUUGGAAAGUUCCCAAGUGGAGAUUACGAGACAUGGGACGAGUGCGAGAGUCUCUUUCUCCAUGCAAAGUGUGUCACCAAACUUCACUUUAUUCAUACAGCACUACUCCUUCAACGAGCUGAAUUACUUGAGAAUAUAGCGAGAUAUGAUGAGAGCCAAGGAAGGUUUGAGGCAGCCUAUUUACAAUGCAAAGAUAUACUACAGACAAGGGAGAGUAAACUCGGCAAGACGCACCCGCACACGCUUAUAACUAUGAGCAACCUCGCUGGAGUACUUUGGAGACAGGGCAAGUACGCUGAAGCGGAGACUAUGAACCGCCAGACGCUUAAGCUCUCGGAGGAGGUACUUGGCAAGACGCACCCGUCAACGAUUAUAACUAUGGGCAACCUCGCUGUUGAAAUUGAGAGGCAGGGCAAGUAUACUGAAGCGGAGACUAUGAACCGCCAGACGCUUAAGCUCUCGGAGGAGGUACUUGGCAAAACGCACCCGGAGACGCUUAGGAUUAUGGGCAACCUCGCUGUUGAACUUGAGAGGCAGGGCGAGUACACUAAAGCAGAGACUAUAAACCGCCAGGCGCUCGAGCUUAAGGAGGAGGUGCUUGGCAAGACGCACCCGGACACGCUCCUGAGUUUUUAUUGUCUUGCUUAUCUACUUCAAAGUAAGAAGGAGUAUGAAGAAGCAUCGAUACUCUAUCAAAGAGCUUGUACUGGCUUUGAAUCCUCGUUGGGCUCUGAACAUCCAACAACUAUUGCUUGUGUAGGGAACUAUACAGCUAUGUUAGAUAAUAUUGGGGAGGUGAAUUAAUGAGUUUACUAUGUUACUGAGGCUAUUAGCGAGCUAGCGAACAAAACUCAAAAUUUAAUAUCGGGAAAUCAAUUCAUGACCAUGGGAGCG